GUCGUGAUUGACGGCUCGCAGUGCACUCUGAUUGGCUCAGUGCCUCUUGUGGGCGUGCACAACGCCCUCUGCGCUGAUUGACAGCUGAGAGAGCGUUCCUAUUCGCUCACACUCCUGGAGGGCGGGGUUAACCCUCCCGCCACUGUCUUGAUUGGCAGCCAGCCCCGCGUUCCCAUUGGCUCUCGUUUUCCCGCCUCCGCUGUGAUUGACCCCUCUCCGCGCUCUCUUAUUGGCUCUCGGGAUACCAGUGAGCGGCCGCAACGUUGCGCUUUGAUUGACAGCACCGCCUCGUCUCCCUAUUGGCUGCGCGGGAGGCGGCCUCGGCGCUGAUUGGCCGCCGCCUCACGGAGGGGGCGGGAGCAGAGGCGCAGCGAUGGCGGCGGGGCCGGGAGCAGCGGGCACCGCUCGCGUCUCGUCAGGCCGGGACCUGAACUGCGUGCCGGAGGUGGCGGGAGCGCUGGGGGCCGUGGCCAGGCAGGGGUUCGAUUUCCUGUGCCUGCCGCUGUUCCACCCCCGGCACCGGCGCGAGUUCUCCGCGGAGCCGGCGCGGGCCCGGCCCGGCCCCCAGACCCGCUCGGACCUGGUGCUGGCCGGCCGCGACUGGAACACGCUGAUCGUGGGGAAGUUGUCGCCCUGGAUCCGCCCGGAUUCGCCGCUGGAGCACGUCCGGAAAAACUCCCAGAAGGCGCUGCGGCAGGAGUUGGAUUUCGGGGCGUACCUGGGCCUGGCCGCGCACCUGGUGCCGCUCAGGGGGAAGCACAACCCGAACCUGGCGCGGGGGCUGAGCGCGCACCUGCACAGCGGGCACCACGGCACGCAGGGUAUGGGGUGGCACAACUUCCGCACCCUGCUGGAUUACAACAAGCGGGUGGCGCUCGCGCUGGAGAUCGGGCCGGACCUGCCCUCGCCCGCGGCCCUGGCGCGCUGGCUGGGCGAACCCGUGCGCGCCGCCUUCCUCCCCACCCGCCUCUUCCUCACCAACAAGAAAGGGUUCCCAGUGCUGGGCCGGGGCCACCAGCGCCUGCUGGGACAGCUGCUCAAGCUGGACGUGCAGCUCAUCGUGCAGGGCUGCCCGCGGCACGGCGGGCGCCCGCUGGCCGUGUACCUGCAGUACCUGGAGCACCUGGGCCAGCACCGCCCGCCGCCCUCGGCCUACGAGCUGUACGCGCGCGGCAGGAUUACCUGCAGAGCCCGCUGCAGUGCCGAGGAUUACCUGCAGAGCCCGCUGCAGCCGCUGAUGGACAACCUGGAGUCGCAGACCUACGAGGUGUUCGAGAAGGACCCAAUCAAAUACUGCCAGUACCAGCAGGCCAUCUUCAAGUGCCUGCAGGACCGAGUGCCUGAGGGGGAGCGCGAGACCAACGUGCAGUGAGUGCCCAAAAUCCCCCAAAUUCACCCCAAAAUUCACC